AUGUCGGGGCAAGAUCGUCAUGGCCACGUCUCGCAACAGGCCGGGCUCAUGCACCAGAGUGGCCAUGGGAAGGCCGGGGAUCCGGAGUUGGAGUUUGGCAGCCGAAGCGAAAUUUCGAAGCGGUGGUUUUUGCCGGCACGAAGAGCCAGCGGCCUCGGCUCGGCUCUCCAGCAGCCCGAGUCCGAGAUUGCAACGUUCAUGUUUUUCGUCGUUGGCGCAGUCAGUGUCGACGAUUUGGAUCCAGAGUGCGGGGAGCUGCUUGACAAGCACCACAAAGGCGAGUUGAGGGCUGUCACGCAGGAGAACAAGCUUCGCAUCCAAAUCCAGGAGAAGGAAGCCGAAGAAAUGGUUCGCACUGCCAACAUCAGGCUGAUGCUCGCCGAGGGGCAGAAGAAGGCGGCGGAGGAGAAGCUGAGAGAGGCGGAAGAGGAACGAGUCUUGGCCGAGCAAGCCAAGCAGGAUUCUCAAAAGCGGGCCGACCAGUGGUGGGAGAACCUGCAGGCAAUGGCCAAAGAGAAGGAGCUCCUGGAGGUCGAGAAAUCCCGCCUGGAGUCGGAGAAGAUGCAGUGGACACAGGUCCAGAGCCUUAUGGAGCUAGAGAAGUCUGAGCUCCAGGCAGACAUCCAAAAGGCCAAGGAAGAGAGGAAAAGGCUUGAGGUAGCAGCAGAGAAGUGGCACCACACACUGCAGACAGUGAAGGCACAAGCCGAGGAAAAGGAGGCUCACCUAAAGGAGAUCCAAGCCAUCCUCACCAAGCAGCAGGAGGAGGCAGCAAUGUCGUCGGCACCAGCAUCUGCGGAGGAGCCAUCAAACUUCACGGUGACGCAGCUGCUGAGUGUGCUUUCCAAAGCCUUCAGCCCCGAGACGUCGGGCUCUGGGCCGCCCACAGCCUCGGCGCCUGCGCAGCUCGUGGGCGCUGUCCGGACCUUGAGCGCUUCCGAGGAUGCCGAGCCAGGGAGCAGCGCCGGCGCGAUGCGCAUGUUCAAGCGCCUCUACAGCACUUACUCGGCAGUGCCUGCGGGUCCAACCGUGCAGGGCGCGGCUUACAAGCAUGCGGGAACCUCUCGCGAGUUGGGCCGCGACUCCUGA